CAGACCGCAAGGCGGAAGGAAGUGCAUACCACAAGUGUUUCCCCUCCCCCACCCACCAUAAGUUGCAUGCCAGCAGUUGCAACUUGCAAUAAAGUUUUUAGCCCGCUUCUUGUGCCCCUGUCCCUUCCCAAUAGUUCUUGUGUCGCUGCCUCCUCCAACCCUGAUGUUGGUAAAAUGAAAACAGAAAACUUCUUCAAGUACGGCGCUCCUUUGUACAAUUUGAAAAGUACUCGGACUCACUCGCAGAACCAACCGCAAGCGAGUGGCAUCGGUAACAGCCACCACGGAACAGGCCACCUGACAACUGACGACCUGCGUCAUCUCACGCAGCAGCAUCGCAUCUCUGGGUACUCGGACAGGGAGAGCGUAGCCAGUGGGAGCAGUGCUGGUGGCAGGAUUAGGAGGAGAUCGAGAAACUUCUCGAUGAAGUCCUCGAAGGGGGGCAUUACCAAGAAGACCAAGACCAUGGAUUACACCAACUACGCCUACAAUGAGGCUGUGGGACGUCUCAAGGUAAUGCUGGCCGACAACUCCUAUACACCGCCCAAGGUUGGAGCCAGUGCAUCCGCCGCCUAUUUGCGUAACUUCAAUGAGGAUUCUGGGGACAAUUUUUCGGAUAAUCUAUCGGUGAUUGAGCGUCCUGUCUUUUCGGACAUUUCCAAGUAUUUGUCGCCCAGCCAGAAGUCGCGGAUGAGCUCCUAUCGGCCCAAGAAAACUUACGGCAUGCAACCAAUGGGCAACCAAUAUGGCCUGUCCGUCUCCAAGGAGAAUUUGUCCUCCAUGGCGGCUCUCUAUUCGGGCAGCAAUGUCCCAGCUGCUCAGCCGCCUCCUCCACUGGCCACGGACAGUGUCCAGGCACCGGUGGAGAUUUUCAGCUUCAUUGAGAAGCAGGAGGACUACAUCGAGCAGCUGGAGAAGGAGUCCAAGUACUGUCGCAACGAGCUGACCAAUCUUUUGGGCAAGGUGAAAGAUGUGAUCAACGAGAACGAGCAGAUCACGGAGAAUGCACGCUCGGAGCUGGCAAAUAUGGGGUCGGGGAAGUCGUCGGGGAUGAACCAAGGUGGGAUCACGACCAGUCCGUCGUCCGACAGCGAUGAGCACCUGAUUUAUGGCAGUGGCCGUAAGACUCCGACUACCCCAAGGAAGGGAAAUCUGAAGGUGCAGAGUCCACGGUAUGCCAGUGCCCCCAAUAUUGUGUACGAGGCUCGCAUCAGCGAACUGGAGGCGGAGCUGAUGCAGGCCAAUAUCGAUCUGAAGCGCGUGAGAACUGAGAACGAGGAUCUGAAGCGGAGGCUGGCCCACACGGAUCCCAUCACGACGGUGGCCACUUUGGGCGGCGGCAACUGUGAGACGCAUCGCAAGCAGCUGGACUGCCUGCAGCAGGACAAGCUCACCUUGGAGGAGACUGUGCGCCACUUGCAGCGCAUGCUGGACGACGCCAAGGCCCAGGGCCAGGGCAGCACCACCUCCAAGCGCUACAUCAGCGAUCUGGUGCAGAUGGAACGCUCCCAGGCCGAGCUGGAGGUGCGUCACCUUCGCGACGAGUUGGAUCGCCAGCACGAACGUGUCCGGGAGAUGCAACACGAAAUGGCCCGUCGCUUGGCCGAGGAGCGGGCCAGCGCAGAGAGGCGCUACAAUACCCAGGUGGACCAGCUGGGCGGCGAUCUGAGCUGCCAGUGGGAGCAGGUGACCAAGCUGCAGCUGGAGUUGGAGCGCCAGAAGCGGUACGAGACCGAUCUCAAGCGGGACGUCACCAAUCGCAACUCGCAAAUCGAAGAGCUGAAGAACGAGCUGAGGGCCAAUCGCACCAACUUCCUGGCGGACAUGGCUACCUCCAAUGCAGAGAAGCAGUCCCUCGAGCAGGAGAUCACCUCGCUGCGUCUCCAGUUGGAUCGCGCUGCCCGGGAGACCAAAACGGACGCAGCUCGCCUCCAGGCGGAGAUCAAUUCUCUGCGUCAGCGCUUGGAUCGCGGGGAUGCAGAUCUGCUGCACUCAAAGCGGGAGGUUCUGCGACUCAACGAUGAGAUAGCCAAUCUGGAGAAGGAGCUAGCCUAUGGUGAGCUGAAGAACGAAAUACGACCCACCAAGAAAGAUUUGGACAAGCGGAUCUCGGAAAUGCAGGAUAAGCAUGCGGAUACGGUAAAUGAGCUUGAGGAAAUGAUAACAUCUCAGAAGCAACUCAUGGAUAAACUGACGGGCGAGUGUAAAACCUUAACGGGCAAGUUAGAGGAUACAUCGUACAAGCACAACGAGGAGAAGCAACAGCUACGUGCCACAAACGAGCAGCUGAUGGCACGUCUCAGACAGAUCUGGGCCAAAUAUAAAUCACAAUUGCCACAAGUGCACAAUGGAAACCCGGAGCAAAGCUCUGAGGAGUCGAAAGAUGAGCACAAAUUACAGAAAUUGCAGCCGCUUACGACUACCAGGCAGCGACAUAUGGCACAACAAUCGAACCCAUACAAAGCACCCCACAACUACACAGCAGCGCCGACGAUGACUACAGCGGUGGAGGAGGAGGCAGGGGCGGAGGAGAAGAUGCAGUUGCCACAGGAUCAACUGCAGCAGCAGCAACAGCUGCAGCAGUCACAACAACAGCUCUUGCUGCUGGGGCAGUUGCAGCAGCAGCAGCAGGAGCGCGAAAGAGCAGCAUCAGCAACGGCGGCGGCGGCGGCGGCAGCCAGGGAAUCCUCUCCGACUAUGGACUCCAGGAUAACGAUGACGAGAAUCUCAAGGACAACCUUGGCUUGGGCGAGAAGCAGCAACAGCAGCAGCAGCAACAAGAGCAGGAAAGGCAACGAGAACGCGAGGAGCGAGAUCGAGAGUUGCAACAGUUGCGGGAACAGCGAGAGAAACGGGAACGGGAGAGGGAACGUGAGCGGGAACGGGAACAGGCAGAGCAGCAGAAAGCAGAGCAGCAGCAACAAUCGCAACAGCCACAGCUGCAACAGCAACAGCAACAACAGCAGCCUCUCGGCGACAGCAGCAGCAUCUCGAAUGCCGGCAGCGCCAAUUUGGCGGCAUACAACACCGACUACAGUGCCUACGAUCAGCAGCAGUACGAUGCGAGUGCCUACGAUCCGAAUGCCUACGCCCAGCAGCCCUACGAUGGCCAACAGUACGACUACGGAGAUGCCACGGCCGGAUACGAUUACAGUGCCGCCGACUACGGACAGUCUGGAUACCAGUAUGACCCCACGCCAGCAGCUGCCGCUACCAACCAGUCACAGUCCCAACCGCAGCAGCCCCAAGCCCAGUCCCAGCCCCAGUAUCAGGCAACAGCUGCGGCGCCUCCUCAGCGAGUCGCAACGGACUACAACCGAUCGCCACCGCCGCUGGCAGCGACGCCCGUCACGGGGAUCACGUCCCCACCAGCAACAGGAGGCGGCACUGCAGCAGCAGCAGGAGUCGGAGCGGUAUCCACCGCGAGCAGACCUCAACCGCGCCCGGGCGGUGGAGUUGUGGGGCCAGGAACUGGAUCCACAGUCGCCGGCAGCAAAUCCACUCUGCCACAACAGUCUGCCCCGGCAGCCGCCGGCAAGAAGUAGCUGGAGUCCCGACCUGGAGGAUCCCCUGCUGCUGGAGUGCUCGAUCAGCAGUCCCAGCCUGAUGCGCUCCUCCAACGACGAGACCUGCUCCGAGCUGGCCGAUCUAAGUGAGACCUUUGUGGUGCUUCCCGAUGGCUCCGACGAGAGCGUGUCACCAGCCCAGACCACCAUCAUUACGGCCCGUCGUUCCAGCGCCCCGGCCAUAGUGCAACAACAGGAGGAGCAGGAGGAGGAGGGCGUUGCCAACGUAACGGUCAUCAUAGAGCGCGAUCUAGAUGCCCAAGCAUAGGGGACAGCAGUAGCACCAUAUUUUCUUCCAGCGACUCUUUCUUCAAUCAACAAACGUACUCGGACUCGUACUUCUACUCAUAUGUUUUCCAGCCUAACAAAUACAUAAAUAUUCCGUAUUUUUUGGUAAUUACAACAAAUUAACUUUAAAUGCAAUAAAAAUUGAAUAUU